AUUUGAACGAAGAGGAAUACAAACUUUACGAACGGCUGUACGGUGCUCCUUUACGAGAAACUAGGCCAGAAGAUGUAGGAAUACCCACCUCCGGAAUCAAGAAUGCGGAUUUACUGCGUGACCCAUCACAAAAAGUACUGCUGCGAGAAUCAGAAGACGGGACGUUUGAGGAAUUCGUAUACGAAACCGACGCUCCUACCUCUUCCCCCGAAGAGUCGAAAGAAGCAGCGGAGCUUUCCUCAAUUGAAGCCGUAGAGGCGGAAGAUUUACCAUCCGAGGCUGGGCUUGCUUACGUAAAUGCCGUAGCUAAAAACGAAAGGGAAUAUAAAGCCUUUUUAAGGCUGCAAAAAGAUUUUGAAAUUGCUAGGGCACGAGCUGCGGAAGAGGAUGAAGCUGACGAAGAAUACGAAGAGGAAGUGGAAGAGGAUGAAGAGGACGAAGAGGAUGAAGAAUAUGAAGACGAGCCAGACGCAAGGUUUGAGCCUACGGUGGACCGCGUUCAUAAGUACACAAGAAUGGGGGAAUGGGGGACUUACCCUAGCACCAUUCAACUUCCUAAAGCAGAUUUCGUAAACCCAAUUGGAGAAUUACUUGAACGAACAGAUAUCAAACAUAUCAAAGAAACGGCGGAGAGGGUUUUCGGUGGUGUUGGGCUUCCUCACUCAGUUGCUACCCCCGCGGCCAAAAAAAACGCGCCACAGAAUGCAGUAGCCAUGGAGGCCAGCCAUCGCAAGAUGAGCGAAAUCGAAGCCGAUGCUUACAUCGCCACAAACCUUCCGGGGCUAUAUGCAUCUGUUUUGGGAAUACUAAUCGAGAUCCGAAAGCGUCUCGGCUCAGAUUGGGUUCCUAAACUCAUUUCUAGAAAUAACGGUGAAGGUCCCCGUGUGCUCGAUGUUGGUGCAGGCGGCGCUGGUCUGGCAGCCUGGGAGCAAGUUUUGCUAGCCGAAUGGGAUAUCAUGUCUGAAGGGGGAAAGAGUCCAUCGCAUGGGCCACCAGGGAAAAAAACAGUUGUGGUUGGAUCUGACACAUUACGCCAACGGAUAUCGCGAUUUCUCCAUAACACUACCUUUCUCCCGCGGCUACCCGACUAUCUGCACUCCGGCCCGCAACCUGACUUAAUGGAUUCUGGUGGUAACCCGUUACCCAAAAAGCAGUUUGAUAUUAUUAUCGCUUCUCAUUUGAUGUUGCCCCAGAAACACGGAUAUCAACGCAAGGCUAUGCUAGAUAAUCUGUGGGAAUUCCUAUCACCGGAAGGCGGUGUCCUGAUUGUGAUGGAGAAGGGCCAUCCACGGGGGUUUGAAGCUGUGGCAGAUGUUCGGUCCCGUUUACUAAACGAAUUCAUUGUCACCCCCGGCUCUGACCCUCAACCUGAGUCUAUCGAAAAUGAACCACAACGAGUCCGCGAAGAUGGCAUGAUCAUUGCUCCUUGUACCAAUCAUAAGGCAUGUCCCAUGUACUUAACGCCAGGGAUUAGCGGCGGAAGAAAAGACUUUUGUCAUUUCAGCCAACGAUAUAUUCGACCGCCGUUUCUUCAACAGGUGCUUGGGGGUACACAUCGUAACCACGAAGAUAUCAACUUUAGUUUUGUCGCUAUUCAACGCGGGAAGUUACCUGGAAUAGAGCCGCCCAUCGUUUCGGAGCAUCCAGCAGAUACAAGCGACCGCGCCUUCAAGGGAUACGAGAAGGCGGCAGAACAACCUAAUCCGCUAGCACUACCUAGGAGUAUCCUCCCUCCUCUUAAGAGGCAUGGCCACGUGACACUCGACCUCUGCACCCCUAUGGGAAAGAUCGAGAGAUGGACGGUUCCCAAGAGUUUCAGUAAGGCAGCAUACCACGACGCACGCAAGGCCCAAUGGGGAGAUCUUUGGGCUCUAGGCGCCAAGACCAGAGUGCACAGGGAUGUCCGGCUCGGAAAAGGAGGAUCAGUGCCUGACGACGGUGGCGUACGGUCUCAUGCAGCCAAGGGAGGAAAUAAGCCAAAGGUGAUUCAUCUUUCAGCCGACUCCGGCGGUAUAUAUAGCGCUCGUGAGAAAAUCAAAGGGCAUAGUCCGUCAGAGAGGAAGACUAAAGGGGGGAAGAAGGCAAGGUUGCAAAGUCUGCUGGAUGAGCUGAAAGAGGAAGGGUUCAGAUAAGCAACAAGAUGUACUAUGGAAAGAUUGUAUGAAUCUCCCGAAAAUUGUAUUAUUAUGAGUCUUGCGACAUGUAUAAAAUCCGGGAAAGGGGUCGCUACAGGACAACACCACAACUUACAUAGUCCAUUCUGGAAAAUACCUACCCUUGCUAUUAAGCAAGAUGCAAUAACCAAC